UUCUUGUCUCUGUGGUCUCCAGCCCGCUCCUCCAUGGCUCUGCAGGUUUUGGGAAUCACUCUGUCAAUGAUCGGCUUUGCGGGAACCAUCAUCAUCUGCGCGCUGCCCAUGUGGAAGGUGACCGCCUUCAUUGGCACCAACAUCGUGGUGGCUCAGGUGUUUUGGGAAGGCCUGUGGAUGACCUGUGUGUAUGAGCGCAUCGGCCAGAUGCAGUGCAAACUCUAUGACGCCCUGCUGGAUUUGGACCCCUUCCUGCAGGCGUCCCGCGGGCUCAUAGUGACCACCAUGGCUUUGGCCAGCUUGGCUUUCCUCAUUUUUCUGAUUGGGGCUGAUUGCACUAACUGUCUGAGUAACCCACGGGCCAAAGGACGGAUUGUGGUGGUCUCCGGCAUCACCUUUAUGCUUUCAGGACUGACCACUGUGGUGCCCGUGUCCUGGACAGCCGACUCCAUUAUAAGGGACUUUCACAAUCCUGUAGUGCACGAGGCUUUAAAGAGGGAGAUGGGAGCAGCUCUUUAUGUGGGCUGGUUAACAGCCGGGUUUCUGUUUAUUGGUGGAGCAAUUCUGUGCACCAGUUGCCCACCGGAGCGGGACAACUAUUUACCACGGUAUACUUUAACAAAAUCUGGCACUCACAGUGGCUAUGCUGUAAAGAACUAUGUCUGACAGGUAACACUCUCUAAAAUAGUAGACUGAACAAAAAUUAUUGGAUUUCCUAGUUUUUUUUUAGGGUAAACUAUUCAUUUGGGCUGAAUUUAAACAAAAAAGGUGAUUUUAGUAAUCAACUUAAUUUGAGUGCGUUUAUAUUCAGCUCGUAUGAAUUGUUUGCAACCAUUUACCCUAAAAAAUGUAGUAAAUCCAAUGAAUAUUUUUUUGUGUGUAUUGCACAAGUGUUAUGCUGCAUCCACACCAGACGCGGAACGCGAUUCAAGCGUGAGUGAUUUACAUGUUAAGUCAAUGCAAACACGCAAAUAGACAUCCUGCGAAUGGCGCGACGCAAAUUGAACGUUUUGCGCGUUAAACAACCAGGAGCUUGCACUUGUGGAGGUGUGAUUGUGACGUAUCCCCUGUUGUCGGUGUUCCGGGGGAAAUCCUUCAGCCGAAACCGACAAAAAGUUCAUCAAACUGUGCUCAGCGCAGUCAGAAGCACCGCUGAAAGCCUCCAUCAGCCAGGUUAAGUUUCUGGAGGAGUUUAUGAGCUCACAGAGCUGGAUGCACAUCUGAAAGAAUCUAGUGGACUCAGACACGACCCUAAACGUAUCGACGCUGUUUUUCAGCCUUCAUAAAGCACAUUAACACUGUUAUUUUUUUAAUAAAAUCCAUGUUAGCCAUUUAGCUAUGAAGCUAGAGUCACCGGGCAGACAGAAGCCCUGCCCAUCACGCGAAUCCGCGUCUGUUCUGAAGUGAAUUUGACGCGCGAAUGAAGCAGAUUUGAUGUGCGAAUGAAGCGAGUAACCUCAAAUGUUCACGCUGCUAUUUACGCGCAAAUAGCACGAUUUAUCGGUGCGUUCUGCGUCUGGUGUGAACACAGCAUUAAAGGAAUGCUUUACUCACCCUUUCCUUAAAAUGUAAGUUUUUGUAUUCUGUUGAACGCUAAGGAAGAUAUUUGAAGAAUGCCAGAAACCAGUAACCAUUGACAUCCAUAGUAGGAAAAACAAAUACAGUUGAAACCAGAAGUUUA